AUGGGCAGCCGGCCCCGUAGCCCCAGCGCCUCCCCUGCGGACCGGUGGGGACCGCAUCCCGGAGGACCAGGCCCUGCCAAGCGCCGGCGAACGGAGGAGCCCGCGGGCCCCGAGUCCAAGUCCAGGGCGGCGCCCAGCCUGGACAACCUGACCUGGCCCCCGACCGUGGACACGCUCAUCUUCGUGGUGGUCCUGCCCGCCGGCUGUGCCCUGCACGUGCCCCUGGACGACGUCGACCUGCUGCUGGAGUCCGAGCCAACGUCCGUGCUGCAAGUGUCUCUCGGUGAUCAUAUCCUCAUGCUGGUCCCUGAGGCCCUCCUGGGCCCGGGUGUGGAAGGCCCGUGGGGACAGGGCCUGGGACGGGGCGCUUUCCUGAGUCCUCCCGGGGAGUACGUGGCCCCGGAGCCGGGAUUCUUGUGCGCAGCUGUCCCAGAGAUCGCCUGCCAAGAAGAGGUCAACGAGGAGGACGCGGAUGCUGCCGCCGACUUCCUGCCGGCUGGGACAGAUGCUGCUGCAGUCUCAGUCGCUGGGCUCCGCCCCUCGGCUGGAUGUAUGUCUGGCUUCCACCUGUUGGGCCAAGCCUCAGAGCCGUCCCCUCGGACCCCCAACACUAGUCCAGAGAGACGCUCUCCUCACCACGACGACAACCUGGACUUGCACCUUCUAGAGCCCUUCCCUGACUCACCACUCCAACCUCUACCUCCCUCUCCAAGUCCAGGUCCUCACCAGCGUCCCCAGCGCCCUCAUGGUCCUCCACGCAAGAUCCGGAAAUGCCUGUUCCCUUAAUCAACUGCCUCCCACAAUUCCUGGCCAACUCAACGGGGACCA